CCCGCCCCCCCCCGGCGGCCCUGGAGAGGAACAGCAGCCAGGCCGGGAGGGGAAGGACCCAGCGCUGCCAGGACGAGUGACCUCGCGGCCGCAGCCUGGCCGUGCCAGCCAAGAGGGUCGUGCCUGGGCCCCGCUGACCCCAGCUACCAGGAGGCAGCAACCCCUGAGCCUUCGUGACACGUCACUGCGAAGUCAUCCCACCAUCCCUCCUGGACUGACCAGCAAGUCAGGGUCAGGUCACCCCUGGGGGGCCUCCUGGGCUCCAUGGGGUCACGUGGCCAGCGUCUUCCCAAGGCCCUGGCCUCCUCCGUCCGUCGUGAAGGUGAAGGGCGAGUCAGCCCCUUACCCGCCCUCCUCCAAGCAGGAGCCACGUGGCUGUCUGGGAAGGAGACCUGGGCCCCGUGAAGGGGCAGCAGCAAGGGGGAGGACGUCCCACUGCCUCCUGAUGGCAGCUGUGGCUGGUGUGACGCUCCCAGGUGGCAGGCCGGCCUAGGGAGGAUGGCUGGGGCUCAUCCAGCACCCCGCCCCCCGCUCCCCUGGCCACAGGCUGAGGGUCACUUCCAGGCCCUGAGGGCCAGCACCAGGCAGCCCUGUAGGUUCAGGCCGUGGCUGGGGGACACACCUCCUCCUCGGGCCACGGCCACCACCCUUGCUCGGGCCCUCCAGUCUCCCGCAGCGCAGCCAGCUCAGGCCGGCUUUAGAUCCAGAGUCCCAGCCCUCACCCAGCCAGGCCUGGCACCCACCCUCACACAACUGCCCGCAGAUCGGGUGCGUGCCAACCAAAUCGGCCGCCCACACUGGGACCUGUGUUCAAACCCACUUCACCUGACCCAGAGCCACACUCCUCCUGUGAGAGCCUGGGCCCCGCUGGCUGUCACCCCAGCCUCCGAGCCGCCUCUUCUGCACCGUGGCUGUUCUGUGUCAUGUGCCCAGGGCCCACCCUGGCAGAGCCCCGAUGUAAAUAGUAACUGUUGUGGGCCAUCGUCAUCAUCACCUUUAUUUCUGCCCAGUGGCACGUCCAGGUAGGCCAGGGCUGGUGGGAGGGGUCUACAGAGCAGUGGUCCACAUGGCCCAGGCAGACUGGGACACCCCAGGAUGCUGAGCCCUGACUCAGCAGGUGAGGGGCUGGGGAGCGCAGGGUUACAACUUGAGCAGAAAGACCUUGAGCCAGGGACAGGUGGGACUUGGUGGGGGUGCCUGCAGAUGGGCAGUGUCCUUCCCGGAAUCUCUGGGUGAUGCAAGAGAGGGACGGGGAGACAGCGACAGACAGACCUUGCAGGAAAGGGGCAAUCGAGGUCACUCACAGGGGUCUCUGUUUGUCCCACAGCCCAGAACCAUGUCAUCAGGCCCGCAGGUGUGGCACACGGCCCUGCCGCCUGCCGGCAGGAGCAGCCCCACCGCCACAGUGCCCAGGUCCCGCGGCUCGGCCGGCAGCCCCAGGUCCCCCGGCAGCCCUGGAUCAGAGAAGACGGCCUCCCCGCUGGAAUGCUCCAUCUGCUUCUCGGGCUACGACAACAUCUUCAGGACACCCAAGGAGCUCUCCUGCACCCACGUCUUCUGCCUGGAGUGCCUUGCGCGGAUGGCAGCCGCCCGGCCCGCAGGCCAGCCGGGUAGCGAGGUCGUGCCCUGCCCGUUCUGCCGGCGGCCCACAGCCGUGCCCAUUGCCGGGGCCCCCGCGCUGCACACCAGCCGCCAGCUGCAGGCUCGGAUGCCAGCACACCUGCGGCGGGAGGAGCCCGUGUGGCUGGAGGGCACCAAGCUGUGCUGCCGCCCGCCACCCUCUGCGCCUGGCCCUGCGGCGCCCGGCUUUGUGUACGUGGACGUGAGCCCGAGCAAGCCUGCCACGCCCGCAGCACCCGUGCCCACCCCGGGCCCUGCCCGCCGUCCGGGCUGCCUGGCCCGCUGCUGGGCCCGCCGCAGGGACUGGAGGCGCGCGGCACUCAUCGCCGUGCUGCUGCUCGCACUCUUCUGCGUGGUGCUCUGGCCCGUGCAGUGCGCGCUCAGGACCGGGAGCCUGCACUGCCUCCCCCGGCCACCCCCUGCCACUGCCCCCGCCGCCGCCACCUUCUCGCUCGGGUCCCUGGCUGACAACUAGGGUUACCGCCCCCACCCCCAGGAUCCCAGAGGAGCCCCCUGGGAUCUCUGAGGAACCCACACCCGGUUCGGCACACCUGCCCCCGCUCUCUAGGGCUGGCUCCUGUCGGGUGGACAAAAUGGUCCCCCAAGCUCCCAGAGAUCCCAGAUCCCUGUGGGCCCCAGAGGCCGCCCCCCUAACUUCCAUCUUGCAGAUGGGAAGACCGAGGUCCAGGAGAGAGCUUGGCGAGGCCCCUUCCCCAUACACACUGUGAAUCGCACGCAAGACCAGCCCCUUGCUGAAAAGGGAGCGGGCUCGCCAUCUUUCUUUUAUUUUCACAUUUCGCCCACGGCUCCUCCCUUCCCCAGGCAGGGCUGGCCCCUUCCCUCGGGUGGCCAGGGGGACAGAGGGCAGUGGCGGGGAGCCCAGCCCACCCUCCUGAACUGUACAUUUUUAAAUAAACUAUUUUGUACUCGCAA